AUCUGAAAUUUUCGUACUUUCUUAAAUUACUGAAAACUUACUCAGAACAUCAAUAUGGGUAAACAUAAGCAAGCUCAACGAACCAAGAAUAAUGCACGGCCGUCAAAUAGCAGUCGCAGUGCAGAACUUUUGGGGACUGCAACGCCCAGUUUUGUUGGUUUCUCAGCAGUUAAAGAUGGUGGAUAUGUUCCUGUUUUACCCGGUCUAUCUUUAUGUUCCUCAAAUGAGAUAGAAAUGAAUAGUGUAGAUGCAAACUUUCAAGUAGUGUUGAAAAAGAUGAGCAAAAAGGAUGCUACAACAAAAUAUAAGGCAUUGCAAGAAUUUGCAGCUCUAUGUCAAGAUGCUGAAUUAUCGGCAGUAGAAGGCAUGUUGCCCUUUUGGCCAAGAUUGUAUUGCGUCCUGUCGAUCGAUAUAGAUCAUAGAGUAAGAGAAGUUACACAGCUGGCACAUGCAGCUGUUAUUAAACGUAUAGGCAAAGGUAUAGCAAUGUAUUUGAAACAAUUGGCUGGUGCUUGGUUUACGUCUCAAUAUGACACAUAUCCUCCAGCAGCUUCAGCUGCUACUAAUUCUUUUAACAAUACAUUCUCAGCCAGAAAAAUAGUUGAUGCAAUUGUUCAUUGCCAAUGUGAAAUUUUACUACAUAUUAGCAACAAUAUUACUGUGCACACGGCUCAAACGUUAUCCGCGCAAAAGUCGCUUACCAAUGAAGAAAUGGAAGCAAAAUAUGAAAGAGUAUUGGUAGCAAAUUUACAAGGAUACAGUUCUUAUUUCAGAAAAGUUCCACGUGAAGAAAUCGACAAAACCCUGGAGAUUCACAAUAAAAUCUUGAACAGUUCCAAGUUUUGGAAGUUGGCUAAACAUGAUGCUUUGCCAAUAAAAACAGCUUUUUUCAAUCUAUUGACGUCAAUAAUGGAAAAUGCGGAAAAACUAUUACAAAAUGAAAAAAAAAGAACAGUGACUACUAUUAUGAAUAGUCUUGACGAAUCUGAACCUGGAAUUUUAUCGGCUGUAUGGGAAUCGAUGCUCGUAGCUACAACUAAAAUCGAGGAUUGGCAUCUUGUUGUAAAUAUCGAUAAACUUGUGCUCCCCAAAUUAUGGCGCGUUUUACGAUCCGGCGGUCAAUGCUGUGCCAGCACUGUUUAUCCGAAUCUACUGCCUUUUGUCAGUCAAUUUCCGAAGUUAAAUGUCAAUAUCGAAAAUCUGUAUACGAAUUUUUUUGACAAUAUGCGCCAAGGAUUUUCUGUCAAAAGUGUACAAAUGAGCCGCUCGGAAACACUGGCUGUAGUAACAUCUUUUGUUGAAUGCCUACGUUAUUCAAUUCUCGUAAACGCUCAAAAUGUAGAUUUAUGUAUUCUGCUCCUGAAAGAACAGCUUAUGCCCGUUAUAGAAGCAUGUAUGACAGAUAACAUUUCCAUGAAACAAUUUUGCUUUGCCGAGAUUACACACUUGAUACGGUACUGGAGUAAAAAUCGUAAUAAUGAUGGAUAUAAAUCAUAUCUUUCUUUGAUGCAACAAUUUUGGAUCGAAUUGCAGUUGUUGUUUGACAAAAGUAUGAAUAUACCACAGGGGAUUACAGUGUCACAUAUCGUGAUAGACGCGAAAGAUUCUCAAAUCGAAUUCCUGCUGACUUUAAAAAAUGCACCAGAUCGCUCCCGUAAGAAGUUAAAAGUAAAAUUUUCCGAUGCAAAUGAUUCUUUUGUGAGUCAACCGGAGAUAAAGAUUACCGAUAUUUCAACAGAUGUAGUUUUCAACGCGGAACUUAACGAUUUUAUAAAUGCACUCUGUAUAAUUUACUUCAAUAAGAUUAAUGAGCAGCAAUCUGUGGAAUAUAUCGGGCAGCUGAACAAACUUAUGAAAUAUUUUUCAAGUAGAGAAUUAUUCGUUGCUCUUUCAAAAUCAUUUAAAUUUGAUGAGGACUUUUUUGAAUUUUAUGAUAAAAGUCUGAAACCUUUAUUAUCGCAAAGAUCAGAAAUAAUACGGCAAGCUGUUGAAUUAAUAUUCUAUUUUAUUAUAUAUAUAAAUGAUGUAGAAAAGGAUAAAGUAUUAAAAUCAUUGAUUGCAUUGAAUGAUAUUACGAUAACGAGAAAAACCAUACAUUGCAGUUUAUCUAAAUGUAACAGAAAUGAUCACAUAAUAAAGAAGUGGUAUACACAAACUAGUGUAACCAAGCUACUAAUUGAUGUAGCUAAAGAAAUUGCUUCAUCUGAACAUACUGACAUGGAAGAAAAUCAGAAUUUGAUUUUAUUAGCUUUUGACACUUCGGAAACUGAAGAUUUAUUAAUAAAUGAGGAAGGAGCAAAUGAGAUUGUCGCGAUUCUUUGUGAUUCGUUAAACGGAAUGGAUGACACUUGUUCCAUAAAAUUUGUUGCAUUUAUUACGAACCUGAUGACUCUAAUAUGGAGUCACAAGAAAAUAAUAUCAAAUGCUGUGCAAAUAUUGGAAACACUUUUUGAAUUGUGCACUCGUGAACAUGACGAUUUAAUGACUGAUACUGUACGUGAUAGUUGGAAAAAGGGACUUGUAAAAAGUAGUCGAUUAUUAUCGGACUUUGAAUUUAAUGACCUUAUUCAAAGAUGUGCAGUUAUUAUCUGGAGCAAAAUAUAUAACACACAUGCAAGUCACGUUAGAGAUAUACUGGUGGAUUUAGCAACAGAUGUUUUACAAGUUAUAAUUAGCAAUAAUGACAUAACAUCUCAUUGCAUUGAAGAAACUAUUCUAUUAUUUUUAACGGCAUCCGAUAUCGAAUUAUGGAUUACAGAAGCAACUGCUAUUGCGAUAUAUGGUGAGAUAGUAACAGGCAAUUUACACAUAUCAAAUGUUGAAAACAAGAUACGGAUCUUUCAGCAUUGUGCGUCAAUUGAUAUAAGGAGCGUUAUAAUUUCGGAUAAUACGGCCAAUUGUUUGUCAUGGGCUUUAUUCACCACAGAUUUGUUUAAUAAUCUGUACAAGAGACUAACAAAUUCUAAUGUUGAGGAUAUCGAUACACCCGCGGACACGGAAGAAAAUGUUGAAUCGUACGAUUUAAAUUUACCAGGAAUUACAGAGAUAUUGGCAAAUGUCAUAUAUGUGGCUAGUGUAGCAGAAAUAUAUAGUGAACAUUAUAAGUCGACCAAACAUUACAAUGACGUUAAUGGACUUCUUAAUUCACUCAAAAGCAGUUUUGUCAGCUUGCAAAAAUAUUACGCAAAGAAUAUCCGUAAUGAUGUACUCUUUCACAUACGAACAAAUCAUACGAAUUACGGAUAUAUGUUACCAUAUAUAAUUCGUACGUAUUACGUCGAAUUUGAAGCAAGUAAAAAUCCUGCGGAAUUUUUCGAAAAUCUCAGGAAUAAUGGAGAAGAGCUUGACGAGGAAUUGUACGUGCAAGCAAUUCAAAUCUUAAGGGAUUAUUGGAUGCCAGAAAAUAUUCCGUUAUUAAUAGAUAAUGAUGUUUAUAUGUUAAUUACCGCCAGGAUUAUGAUGUGUGUGAAAGAUGACAGUUUCACACACAUGGAGAAUAUUAUGAAGAAGAUUACGUUGCAUUACGAUAUAAAACAUUCCGCACUGUUACUUGUAGAUGAUGAUAUUUCUGAAAUUUCAUGGAAUCAACUGCUUUUGCCUUUGGAAGUUAUAAGAUUACUUAAGACACUCGUUCAAAAAGUUCCAUCAAAGUUGAAACAAGAACACUGGGACUUGAUUUUGAUAUCUCUUACAAUGUGGCAACGGUCACUUAACAAGUCUAAACGUAAUUACACCGAUAUUAAAGUAACCACAUUUGUGACAGGACUUAGCCAACUGUACUGUGCACUUCAAACUUUAAUGAACAAACAUGAGCAGGAGUCGAUAUCAGGAUUACCUUCUGGAUUAUUAGGAGAAUGGAAAAACGUAUUUGCUGGCGACAUACAUAAUGGUGUUACUCAAGCUUGGAUGUUUUGCGCGGACUUGUACAAUCAAGAUGCAACUAAUAUAAAGUCCAUUGUGCUGUUAGAUUAUUUGGGAGAAACAAUCAGUAUACUCGACAAAAAUAUAUUAUUCAAUAAACCUAACAAAGACACUGAAAUAAUUAAGAUGUUACAACUCUCUGUGAAAUUACUACAAUCUCCUAUACCUAGCAUUCAAUUAGGUGCCUAUCACGCGUUAAAGUGUAUGGUAUCAGAACUUGUACAGCAGGAUAAGGUUCUUGUUGAAUCUGACAAUUUUGAAGCGAGCAAUCUUAAUAUUAAAAAACUCGAACAAGUGUUAUUAGACACGCAGACUAUUGUGAAUACGAUGCUUAUGGAGUUCAAAUUAUGUGAUACAGUUAGCUGCACGAUCCAACCGUUUACAGAUUCUUAUACAUAUACAUUGGGGUAUUUGCUGGUGUGGGCAAUUGUGCUAAAUAUUUGUGCAAACGCUCAUGGUGAUUUACGAUAUCAAUAUGCUGAAAUACUGAAAAGUGAUCUUUUUCCUUGUCUGUUGAACAAUAUCUUCAAGUUGAUGCCUGUGGAAGUAUUGCAAGAUAACAAAAAUAAGAGUGUAAAAUUGGUAGAAAUAUUUACCACUGUUCCAUCGUUUAAUUUUGGAGAAAGUUGGACAGAGUGGAGAUUAGAUCACAUUGUAUGUUGGUUGUAUACAAAUUGUUUGCGACAUCUACCAGUAUUAGUUAGACAAUGGCUGAGUACCGCUGACAGCAGAGUCAGCGCAACAAUAGACAAGAUUACAAGUCACUAUGUCAGCCCUAUGCUUUGCCAAGAAGAGCUUCUUAAUAAUAGAUUGGUUAAUGUGGAAAAUAUGCAAGUGAAGGUACAUCCAACAGCAAGAGAAGUAGUGGCUUUGUAUCAAAUGGAUGAUACAAAAUUGGAAUUAAGCAUAGUACUACCGACCAAUCAUCCCUUAGGUACAGUAAAGGUAGAACCUGGUCAACACGCAGGUGGUACAGCAAACUGGAGAAACUGUCAUAUGCAACUGUCUAUAUUUCUCACACAUCAAAAUGGCUCUGUUUGGGAUGGUCUCGUAAUGUGGAAACGCAAUUUGGAUAAGAAAUUUGCAGGCGUGGAAGAGUGCUAUAUAUGCUUUAGUAUUUUCCAUAUUAGCACAUAUCAAAUACCAAAAUUGUCAUGUCACACUUGUCGUAAAAAGUUUCACACUCCCUGCUUGUAUAAAUGGUUCAAUACCAGUCAAAAAUCUACUUGUCCUAUUUGCAGAAAUGUAUUUUAAUUUAACUUGGAUGGCUUUCUGUACAUAGAGACAAUAUUGUGAUAGUACAAAAAUAAAUUAAACUCAAUACAAUAAUAA